ACAAUGUUUCGCCUAUUACCGAGGGCUACUAAGCUAUCAAAAUACACUCCAUGGAGGGGAAUAUCAACUACUAGACUACCAGCUAGGAGUUUCUCAAGUGGUGUUGCUAUCGCUGGACUAACGUCUGUACUGCUAUUGGGCUAUUAUAGUCGCGAUAAAGCUAGUAUAAGCCUCGAAGCAAAGAAACCACUAGUGGAAGUUAGAGCAAAAGAUAUAGACACGGGUGUUGAAUUUCCAAACCAUAUUCAGUCAGAUAGCAAAGAACUCAAUCUGUUAGGAUUAGGUGUUCGCACUGUUUCAUUCCUUCGCGUUAAAGUCUAUUCACUUGGUAUAUACGCUGAUGAGAGUGCACAACGCGCACUUUCAGCUAUUGAAAAUGUCAAAGAAAAGCUCGCAAAGACUGCUACACCGGAUGAUGACCAGCUCACGGGUGAGAAACUCAUGGAGAGUGUGAUUAAGCAAUCGUCAUUUGCAGUACGCAUCAUCCCCGUCAGGAAUACAGACUUUGGACAUCUUAGAGAUGGCUUUAUACGCGCUGUACAGGCCAGGAUGAAGGUUGUACAAAUAGAUGCAGAGGAAGCACAACAAGUAAACGAAUCGCUGCAGACAUUCAAGUCAUACUUCCCAUCGAGCAAAGUACCAAAAGGGAAUGACUUGACACUCACGAAAACUUCUGCAGGAGAUCUCAUCCUGAGUUACAACGGUGACACACUUGGUAAAUUAGACAGUAGAGACGCUGGAGUUGCUUUCAUCUCUACACAACUCCUAUUGGCUUACUUUGCAGAUAAGAAUCCGAUAUCAUCAAAAGCCAAGAACAGUGUUAUAAAUAGAUUGUAAAGUACAAAUAUAAU